AUGGAAAGCACGAAGUCUCAGAGUCGGCGCCGAGGGGAGGUCGCUGAAAGGGACGGGACUCGGGACGACGGAAGUGUGCAGGCGGAGAGGAUACACCAUCCAGCGAAGACGACGGGCAACGACAGUCUGCGAAACGCCCCACGGCACUGGAUCCGGCUUCCGGAGGCUGGUGGCCGGUCGCAUGUUCCGUGGAGACAGAGUCCGCAGCUUCGUCCGGCACCGGCGCCCGUCACAGAUCCUGCGCUACACGGCACCCGGAAUUCAGCAGAGUCGGUUAGAAGGAGGGCGAGGGGAGGGGCAGUUGCGAGGCGAUGGCGCCCUGCCCGAGGGCCCAAGCCGUGCCCAAGGCCAGGGCCCGGGCCCGGGCCGGGGCCGGGGCCGGGGCCGCAGGGCUUCGGCGCUCGGGGCUCACAGGAGUGCGCCCUGUGUCGAGCUCUGCUCGCUCUCGCUCUCGCUUGCGCUCGCUCGCUCGGCUGGCUGUGUUUGUGCGGGGGGUGGGUGCUGUGCACAAUGUUGACUGGCCGGGUCGGGGACGAAUUGGGGUCCGACCUCCUCGUGAUCCGGUGUUGCAUGCGGAGCGGUUGUGAGGCCCACACGAGCAUCCUUCAUCCUGCUGCUGCGACGAUUCCUUUAUCAGAAUUUGCUCCCCCGCCCCACGUAAUGCUACGCUAG